GACGCGCUGUACGCGGCGGUGGCGGAGGAGGUGGUGCGCGGCGGGCUGGCUGGCUUCAACCCUCAGGACCUGUCCAACACGGUGUGGGCGUAUGCGACGGCGGGCGUGGCUGCGGACGCGCUGUACGCGGCGGUGGCGGAGGCGGCGGUGCGGAGCGGGCUGGCUGGCUUCAACCCUCAGGACCUGGCCAACACGGUGUGGGCGUACGCGACGGCAGACUGUUAUCACCAGGCGCUGCUUGCCGGCUGCUCGCGCGUGGUCAGCGACUCGCUCGCGCGGGAUCCCUCGAUAUGGAGCGAGGAAGCCCGCCGUCAGCUUCACCAGUGGCAGCUCUGGCUCUCUCUUGAGCGAGGGGCAGACGGGCAGCAGCAGCUCCUUCCCGAUUCCCUUCGCCAGCUUUGCCGCAACGCCAUGCAAGACACGCAAGUGAAGAUCUCCGAGUUGCAACGCUCCGUCGCGGCUGCCCUCGCUGCCGUCCAGCACGGCUUCGAGGAGGAGCAUCUCGAGCCGUGCACCGGAUACUCGCUCGACUUGGCGCUUCCCUCCUCACGCAUCGCGAUCGAGGUUGACGGCCCGUCUCACUUCCUGCGGCCUGACAGCCAAGGUGUGCGCGCGCCCAGCGGCACAACGAUGCUCAAGCGGCGGCUCCUCGCGGCUGCUGGCUGGCGGGUGAUCAGCGUUCCAUUCUACGACUGGGAUCGCUUGAACACGGCCGAUGAGCGUCAAGCCUACUUGGAGCGAGCGGUCGGCCCCCCGUGCGCGGCAGCUCCACAGGCAUCGCCAGGAGGAUGGCCGGACUACGAAGCUGACAGCUGCGGCAGCCCCAGCGGCAGCCCCAGCCCCCAGCAUGAAGAGGGAUGGACCUCCCUCGCGGCCGGUGCCUCUUCAAUGGAGCUGAGCCUCGAGGUGCGGAGCGAGGUGGAGCGGUACGCGCUGACCGAAGGCCGCCUGAGGAGGCUCGUGGAGGAGCGAGGGAAGGUCUUUAGCGCCACAGUGGCCAGCACGGUCGUCGACAGGCUUUGCGGAUUCAUCGUGGCCGCCAAAGGCAUGAGCGGCACGGCGCACUACGCGCUGCAAGCGACUACAGAGGUCUCGGCUGAGGAGGCACGCGCCAACGUCAGGACUCUGCACAAAAACUUGGAGAAACAGGUGCAGAGGCGGCAGCGGCAGUGGAGUUGAGUGAGGUGUGCCAUGGUCUGUCGGGAGAAGAAAAGUGUUUGGAAAAGGCUACAAG